AUGCUCCAAGAUCGGAGUGCAAUGGGCGCGGCAUGCGGUGGUUGCUGGGGUUGGGCUGAGAGGCUGAUGCUGUCGGGACGACUCGAGCACUUGAAGGAGUUCCUGUGCUUCUCGAUUGUGCGGCUGGCGAAGAGGUACGAGCGGAGGUGCCGUCCGAAGCGCAUCUUCGUCGUCAGGCACGGGGAGAGUGAAGGGAAUGUUGACAAGUCCUUGUUCGAAUGCAAACCGGACAACGAGCAUUCGCUCACAGAGAAGGGGAGGAGGCAGGCGAGAGAAGCAGACGUUGCCCAAGGCAUGCUCCUCAAGUCCAUCAUCGGCGACGAGGCCGUCUACUUCCAAGAGAUCAUCAGUUGCUUCAUAGACAUCGAGACCGAGUGCAACUGCAGCGCGGCGAGCAGGAAGGGAGGCUCGCAGUCUGAGAACCAGAACCAGUGCAUCAGCGACUUCCAUCGCAUGAACUGCAACCCUGCCGGGAGGGCUGCUGGGCUUUCGGUGGACGAUGGCGGCGAGGAAGACUGCGGGGGGGAACUGGGCAAACUGUCGUCAGAGGACAGAGGAGCGAGCACGUGCUAUCUCCGCUGCCGCUCCAACUCUCUGCAGAGCCUCUUCUCCUCUUACAACGACGUGUACGUUUGGCCCCGCUCUGCCAUGUACAAGGUCCGGGAGGACGCCAGGCUGAGGGAGCAGGACUUUGGCAACUACCAGGAUCUCCUGCAUAUGCAGAAGUCUCUCCAGGAUCGCCAGACCUACGGGCCGUUCUGGUAUCGAUUCGAGCACGGAGAGUCAGGGGGGGACGUGUGGGAUAGGAUCUCGGGCUGGUGGGCUUCUGUCUUCCGCGACAUGGCGAGGUAUCGAUAUCCCAACUAUGUCAUCGUUACCCAUGGAAUCACCAUGAGGCUCUUCUGCAUGUACUACUUCAAGUGGUCGGUGGAGGAGUUUAGUCAGGUCCGAAACCCUUCCAACUGCGAGGUCUGGGAGCUCAGGAGGGACGCGAACUUUCAGUACCGUCUGGUGUCGCCAGUCAAGUUGCACAACGGUCAGAUCAUACCAGAGCACAUGACGAGAGGGCUCAUGGGGACCGUGCUCGACGCCUCGUUCCCUGGAGAUGCGGAGGACGACGAUCUUGUCUCCGAUGCUCCUGUUGCUCCUGUUGAUGAUCCAGAGGAGGCUGACGGGUCAGGAGCUGUGUAUGCCGAUGUGAGGGAUGGAAGCGACGGGAACGAGAUCAUCGGGCUCAACGACGACCCAGCCAUGGCGUACGUUGCGACGGGGAGAGUUUACGAUGUACAACGGCAGGGAACACUCACAGCAGACAAGACGAAGACGAGGAACUACGAGUUUCCUGUGUUCUGAUGAGAUGCUGAGGAGGGGAGGGGGAGGAGAAGGGGCGGGCAGAGGGGAGUAGGAGUGGAGGAAGUGUAAAAUUGUUAAGGUGGUGAAGAAGGAAUAGAAGAGAACGAUGUUGAUGGUCAGAUGCAGAGGAAGAUUCUUGAAGAUACAGAGAUUCGACAGAGAGAAAGAGAAGGCAACAGAGAGAUAACUUUCUCUCUCAUCGAUCUUGCGGCAGAAUGAUUUUUAAACCCCGCACGUUGAAAUGAAUAACAGGAAGCUCG